GAGGCAUGGCGAACCGGGCAUAGUCCCAUGACCACGGUCCUAAACAAUUUAUACUUGCAAGCUGUUAGUGAUAUGAGUUUACCAACACAUCCAUGACAAAAUGUUAUAUCCUCAGUCAUCACAAUGCUCCGUUAUAAUAUGCAAAUGUUUUAGUGACUACAAUGCAACGCAUUAUUGAGGACGUUUUCGCGUGCCUACGUUACACGAAAUGAUGCUAGUCCUCGCUAAGCCGUUCUAUUUACCCAUUCUUGAGUGCUAAUUGUAACCCAUAUCUACGCUACAUAAGCAAUGUUUGCAGCUAAGUCAUAUCAAGUAACACGCCCUGGCUUAAAAAAGCCGAAGCCGAAGAAAAGAAAGUUGCCCAGCGGUGGCGCUUUGUCCGCUCGUUCUGGCUCCACUGGCUCGCUGCCGGCGUACCCGACCCCUCGUCAGACCUCUGGACGGCAACGUUCAUUGACCGCCGACCAGCCGCGCUUACGUCACGCUCAGCUGGACUCGAGAGUGCGCGAGUCUGCUGCAAUGACCCGGCCGGGUCGUCGGUUGGCACCGCCCGCCUCACAGCCCGGCCGACAGCUGCAACUGGGAGACAGAUUGCCUUCCCUGCGAGCUCGGAUUGCCGAAAUGAAGGCGCUGGCCUCGUUCUUCCCCGACUCUGAGGUGUCUGUCAGCGACGCCACCGGCUCCGACACUCGUGCCAACAUCGCCAACAUUCUCAAACUGCGCGACUACGAACAGAAGGCAAUCAAAACGCGACGUAAACCAUUCAAGCCCGCCGGAGUGUCAGCAGCGCCGGGGUCGGGCUCGCAGCGCUCCCGGCGCCUGGAGCCGCCCGUGCGCGGCCGACGGCCCGUGUCGGGGCCGGUGCGAGACGGCUCCUUCCAGCGCGGCUCGCCGCCGAGACCGCGGGGCCGCACCGGCUCCUCCGCCAGCAGCGGCGACCGCCGCGACCGGCCGGCGCCCGGCGGGGACGGACGCGGGCGCGCCGACUCCUUCAGCGACGAACGAGACGACCGGGAGCACCGAGAUCGAAGGGACCACCGGGACCACAGAGACCACCGAGACAACCGAGAUUACCGACACGAGAGAGACCACCGGGACGAGCGGUACGACCGAGAGCACAGCAGGGAGCAGAAUCGCCGUAAUGACAGAGAUAAGGACAAUACGAAGGAAAGAGAGCAUCGCGAUCACCAGGAAGGACCGGUCCGGAGAGGAGAACGGGACGGGCCGGGGUCGCUCAGCGAUGACCAGGACCGGCGCGGGUAUCACAGCGACGAGCGCGGCCCGCCGGGAAAGGGGUCUCACCGUGACCGGUCGGACGAACGGGGCCCACCCGGACAGAAGGCCAACCGUGAACUGUCGGAAGAACGCAGCCGGGAACGGGAGCGGCCGGCGCCACCAGCGUCCGUGCAGUCGGAGCAGCCGCCGAGCCUGGCACGCUCCGACGGCCAAGACACCUCCUCCAAUUCGGCUAUCAACCCCCUCAAGCUGCUGGCGUCCCUGCAGAUCCCUAAUCUGAACGAGCUUGCGGCCGGCUCGGCAAACGGCAGUCCGAGAAACUUACACGAUGUCAUCAAGAACUUUAUGUGGGCCAAGCAGCAGGCCAGCGCCACGGCUAACGUCAUGAGCAACCUGCGCAGCAUCGUAGAGACCGGCGCCGGCGCGGCCAGCCAGUCUGUGUCGGAGGUGGGGGCGGACCGGCCGGCCAGUCAGCCGGCGGCGGACCGUGCUCCGCCGGCGGCGGUCCCUGACGGCGCCCCUGCGCCCCCGGCCGACGGCGGCUGGCACGACGGCCGGCCGGCGGACGAGCGAGAGGUCGAGGAGCGCGCCGGCACGGCCAGCUCGGCGGCCAGCCUGGCCUCGUCGGCGGGUACUACCUACCUGCUGCCGGGCGACUCUCGCUCGCAGCUGGCGGCCAGCUCCAAACACCUGGCCGGACGGGGUCUCCACGAGGGCGGCUCGGAGGCCGGCUCGGCACUCCGCUCGAUCAGCGAGGCCGGUCUCCAGUCGGGCGUCAUCCAGUCGACUCAGUCGGGCGCUCUCCAGUCGGUCCACUCCGGAGGACUGCCGUCCACCCAGUCCGGGGCCAUCCAGUCGAGCCGCUCCGGUCCGCUGCAGUCCGGCCAGUCCGGACUGCAGUCCGGUCAGUCCGACCUACGCUCCGGUCAGGACGUCAACAAACAGCUCACCGGGUCACAGGAACACAUGGAUGUCAACCAGCUCAGAGCCCAGUUCAAAAUGCAGCAGGCCAAACUCAAGCAAAUGGAACAGAAAAACUACGUGCUCAGUCUGGCCGUGGAGGGACAGGAGAAGACGAUCCGCACCAUGACAAACGAGUUGCAGGAUGCUCGGGAAGCGAGCAGAGGGAGCCAGCCGGCGGUGUGUGGCCCGGUGCAGCAGCCGCUCCCGACAGUCCUCUCCGCUCAGUCCUGUCCCAUCGAGUCCAGUAAGACGGAGGUUGCCGUCGACAACGUCGAGAACAAGAAUGAGCUAGAACGGCUCACUGCAAUCCUCGAGACUAGGGAACGCGAGCUGAACUUUCUCAGGAAUUACGGGCCAAUGAAGGAGUUAAACUCAUUCUCAAUUGGAAAAACAAGGAACGUACAAACUAUUUCCAGCCUCCAACAAUUCAAUCAGGACCUGUGUGACGGUUGGAGACCGCGGCUGGACGGCGGCCGCACCCGAUCCACGGAGCAGUACCGGCCGGUGGCGGCCGACCGCGCGCGCGUCCCGUCACCGCCGCUGCGGCGGCACAGUUUCACCGUACCACCGCCGCGAGCCGAAGACGUGUGGAUCGGCGCCGCCCCGUGCCCCUCUCGGCUCGGCCACGCCGCCGUGUCGUGCCAGUCGACUCCGCUGGUCGGCUCCGGCCGGCCGCCACCCUGUGUCGGCUCACAGGAGCCGCCUCAGCACACCGCCGGUCUGGCCGGGAGGCAGGACGAGCUGCGUCAGACGGUCCAGGAGAGCCUCUCCCGAGUGAAGCAGCUGGAGACAGAGCUGGCAGAGCUUAGAUGCACCAGAGACCGGGACCGGGACAGAGACCGCGGCGACCACGGCGGCGAGAGCCGCGGCCUGCUGGCCGACCUGAUGGGCCCCGCCGAGCCGGCUGCCGGCCUCGGCCGUCUCUGUAAGCCGUUCCCGCAGAUCGUCCGUAUGACGGAGCUGAAGCUGCAGCAGACUUACCAGAGCCUGGUGGCCGAACAGAACAAGAACAAACUGCUCAACAAGGCUCUGCACGAGGCCAACACUAGGCUGGAGCAGCAGGCGUCUCAGGCGGAGCGACUCAAGGAGCGACUGACCAGCUCUGUGGAGGAGCGCCGUCAGCUGCAGAGCCGGCUCUCGGCCGCAGAGUCCGCGGUCUCGGCCGCCAACAGCAAACAGCAGCAGCUCAGCGAAGAACUGCAGCGAAAGACGGAUCUACUGGCUCAGGCUUCUCAGUACCUGGAUGAGCGCAUCGAUCAGGUGGCGGUGCUAAGCCGCGAGCUGGACACCACACGGGCAGAGGCCGCGCACGAGGCGCGCCUGGCUGGCGAGAGGCUGGCCCAGCUGCGCGCCCGCGCCGCAGAGCUGGAGAACCUCACGGCCAAACAGGAGGCCGAGAACCGAGUGCUGAGACAGGCCAGCGCAGACACGGACCAGCUCACACAGUCCGGCCGGCAGCUGCGGCAGCGCGUGCUCGAGCUCUCCGACAAACUGGAGCGCAGCACCGCCAACUGCAAGAUGCUGGAGAACUACGUGCUCUUCCUGAAGGCGUCCUACAGCAAAAUGUUCGGCAGCACGGCCACGCCUGCUCCGGGCCCGGGGCUGGACGUGCCACAGUCGCUGCGGGACCUGCUGGAGCAGGCAGAGACACAAUAAACGCGUGUGCGACGGUGGUCAAUGGUCAUUACGACUUGUCUAACCCUUCUGUGCUUUGAUAAGCGGUGAACUGUUAGCUGUGUUGCCUGGUACACAGUGUAUGGUGUUCAGCGACCAAGUGAUACCGAAAGACCGGACUUUUGGCGGACAAUGAGACCUCUUAUGAGAGUGAUGAUGUCUAGUGUCUACCUUGGUUCGGGUCACAUUCGUGUUCAGUGAUGCAUGACAAGAUCAGGAGCUUGUAAGCUCAUCACCCUUUCGUAACGAUGUUCCGUCUGGUUAUGGAGUUCAUGUGCAAACGGACAUGUACUAGCGCAUGUAUAUUGUAUACUGUGCGGCAGGGAUAAGUCAUACUUGUGAUAUUCGAUUGACAAUCGUUUCAUGACGUAUCCAACAAAUGACUGUCUUGCAGCAUCAUGUAUCGGAGUAGCGAGUCGUUGUCGAUCAAUGAGCCGAAUGUCGUGUAAUCCAUGCGAAGCGAAGAAGACUGUGAUCCGCG